CCAGACAGACAGACAGACAGACACACAGCAGACACACAGACCGGGGAGACCAGUCACCAAACCACCAACCGUCCUCCCAGACCCGAAAAUGCAGGGCAACAUGAAGCUAUGGCUGGGAGUGCUCACGUUUGCUUUUUGCAUGCUGAUCUGCAUAGGAACUUUGGCUGAUGCUUACCCCUCCAAGCCUGACAACCCCGGGGAGGGCGCUCCUGCAGAGGACCUGGCCAAAUACUACUCAGCCUUGAGACAUUACAUAAACCUCAUCACAAGACAAAGGUAUGGAAAAAGAUCCAGCCCCGAGGCACUGAUCACUGAUCUGCUGUUGAGAGAAAAUUCAGAAAGCAUUCCUAAAUCCAGGUACGAAGAUCUUUCCGUAUGGUGAUGAGAACUCAGACUUUCUUUAAUGUAUCCCACAUUUUGCAGUCAACAUUCCAUUGCUAUAAAAUGAGACAUUCUGACUGUUUUCAAGGCAUCUCAUUCUAUUAACUGCCCAAAGACAGCCAAUGCAUGCAGCCAUCACUGAAAAAUCUGUAGAAAGUUUUUUUUCCUGCAUCAUACUGUAUAUAAAGUUUAUUUAAAUCAAUGACAUGUGCACUCAAUAUGUAAUACACAUUAUGAAAGUGAAAAAGAAAUUAUUAUUAUUAUUUGUAUGGUAGAAAUUGUUUUGUGCUAUUAAAAUUCAGUUACAAAAACAAUGCGGUCUAAAGGGAAGCCUGUCUAAACGUAUCCAAGAACAUGAUGUAAAACUGAAGCUGAUAAACCAUUGCUUUAUCAAGGUUUCCUCUGAUGAAUGACGUAUAAUGCUUUCAGGGCUUCAGCUGAAUAAUCUUGCACUGUGCAAGUAAUGGAUAAACAUUUGAAGAGGAAGAAUUUAAAAGAAUAUGGAGAGUAAGCAGGGAAUUGGGAUUAGGUUACUUACUCCAUUGGAUCAGCUAGCAGCUUUGUGCUUUCUAGCACAAGCCUUCAAAUACCUAUCACUCCCAUCAUUGUUAUUCUCCCAGUACUUCUUCAGAUGGAGAUUCUUAUUCUGACCUUCACAUAUUUUAUGACUCACUCCUCUGUGCCUCACCAGUUGUUCCAGUCCUAUUCUCUUACCAUAUCUUCUGUUCUUCCAAUCUGAUUCCUCACUCCCUCGGUCCCACCUUUGUUUGCCGAGCUCUAAGCCACUAUACAGUACUCCAUUCUUUGGGACUCCAUCAAAAUCCCUUCACCUGGUUCCUUCUCUCCCUGCCUUCAAAAACCUCUGAAAAAUGUAACCCAAUGAUCAUGCCUUCAGUCAAAGCCCUCAAUUUCUUCUCCUAUUUUCCCUAUUCAAUGACCUGCAUUGCCUUUGUAAAAUGUUUUGAUCAUUCAUUCUAUUUGUAAGUUGUUGUUGUAGCACCAGCUUGGGCUCAAUUGGUCAAACGGCCUUCUUGUAUUCUGUAAUUUCUAUGACCAUGUUCCAUUAUAGACUUCUUUCAUUUAUAACUGAUUUUUCACAAUCUGUAUCUGGGUGCUUAUCCCAAGUUUAAAUGUGGAAUUCUUCAUAAAAUAUGCUUCAGUACUUCAACAUAA